GAGGGCGAGGCGAAAAGGUCUGGUUUCGAAUCAGUUGGUGCUCUCAAGUGUUCUCCCUCCUUCUCCAUCGGAUCAUUCGAUCUCUUCACUUUACCGUCACUGAGUUACUUUAAGGAUCGCAUGUUCCUUUGAGGAUUCUUGUUCAAGCUUUUUGCCGUAUCCUUCCUGAAAAAGUGAAAGAAAUGGGCUAUAUCGGGGUACAUGGCGAGGCGGCUCUACUAAGAUACUAGUGCCGUGGUGAGGAUCACUCUUAUGUGGCCUAAUAUGUCUUGCAACCCUUCCGGAGCCAUUUCGUGAAUCUCUUUCCUCUUUGGAUGCCGUUAUUGCAGCCAUUCCUUCUUAUGUAUGGAGCUACGUGGGAACAGCAAGUAGUCAGUAGUCAGAGUGAGUAUUGGUGCUCAAGGUUAAGCUCAACCACUUGGAAAAUCCUUACCAUAUUUAAGCUGGGUUCCAUUGCUUCCAGAUGUUGCACUGAGCGGUGCUGUGAUGUUGCUACAGGCAGCUUUUUGGUGCUAUUGCCACUGUUUUAUUUAAAUAAGCAGCCAAUCUAUUAAAAUCAUUAGCAGUAAUUUGCCAUUAAAUGCUAGAUAAUAUAUCUGGAAAGAUGGUUUCGUGGGCGUACAGAAAUCAGAACUAAACAUUUUCUUGAAGCCUAAGCUCACACACAGCUUACAAUUAGUGAAAGAAAGUUAGAUUGUGUGAGAUUACACGUCAGUUGGGGAAGAGAACGAAGCAUUCUUCAUAAGAGUGUGGAAAUCUCUCCCUAGUAGACACGUUUUAAAAGCUUUGAGAGCAAGCAGGACAAUAUCUGCUAAUAAUAGACUUGGGCGGUUACAAAUUUAAUUUGCAAUACGAAGUGAUUUUGUGCAGUGUGGAGUCGGUCGUCUAUGAGGUUGUUCAGGCUAGAAAAGGAAGUAUGUUACUGGCAUUUGCAAUGCUGUACCCAUUUGCAGUACCCCUUGGUAGAAACCUGGCUUGGUAUGAUCUGGAGCUAUUGAAAUCAAACAAUUUGAUAGCUUGUGGCUUUGUUUUCUCUUUCACAUGAAAUAAGGAUUUGAAACGUCCAAAUCGAAUCACUCAAUUCUGAGUAAAUGAAUAAAAUGCGAUUCAGCCAUUUGAUCUAUGAUCACAGAGACUUGGGAAGCAUCAUCCAAUGGAAAUAGAGCACGUCAGACAGCAAAGGUUAUCCAACACGCAAGCUUUGAUGGCGAUGGAACAGCAAGGUGGCAUCAAGAGCAGAGCGAGACUGGAGACACGCCCAGCCCGAAUGAUUGAUGAUUCUUUUGCCGUACGAUUUGAAGACUUUGUUCCCACUAGAUCUCGGGCGCAGGAUGAAACACUGGACCCUGCAGCAGAGUAGAGGACCCCCAGAAGAAAACACCACCACCUUCUUCUUCUUCUUCUUCUUCUUCGAAGCCAUUCACUUCCCCUGCAGAAAAGCAAUAAUGGGCUGCACAGAAUAGUGCUUCCUUUUCGUCACUUUUCUUUUCCCUUCACUUUCAUGUGCCUACAAAUCGUGAUUUUUACGUCUCCCUCGCUCUAGACUAGAAAGUUUUACAUUUCUAGUGCUCCCAAAGUCAAAACUUUUGCAAUCUCUGUCUCUGUUUACCUUUUAUGCUGUGAAGCUUUCAACCCAGUUUCUCUUUUUUCAUGAAUCCCAGUUGAUUUAGCCUAAUUUUCUUGUCUCUUCUCCUUUGACUAUCUAUCAGCCCAUCAACGAAGCAGCUGCCAUGGGAGACAGAGGAAAGGCUCUGGAAGUUUACAGCAACGACAUGGACUUCUAUUCAACUGCUUCUGAAUUCCUCUGUAAGAAACACAUUUCCUCUUCCUCUGUUGGAGUAUGUGCUGAUUGCUUAAAAGAUCGGUUGAUCAAACUGGUUUGUUCUGAUUGUGGCGAGCAGAGGCUCUCCUCUUGCUCCUGCUCUGAAAUCUCAUCUAAUCGAAAUUCUUGUACGUUGGAAGUAGGAAGUGUUGGGAGAGUUUCGUUUUUGAUAGAGAAUGAGAGAAAUGGCGUUUCGUUGUUGGGUUUGAUGAAGCCCAAGAUUGAGAAAAGGGAGGAGGUUGUGCUGCUAGAGAGAAGCAGUAGUAGCUGUGUGGAGAUUAAGAAGAGUGGGUUUUGGAGGAUCGGGAAAUUUUUCAGGAAGAAGAGGGAGAAGGGAUCUGGGUUUGAUGAAAAGAGUGAUAUUUGUAUGGUUGAUUACAUGGGUGUGUCCAGGUCUAGAUCUCUCUGUAGUUUUCGUGGUGGUGGGUUUCUCGGGUCGGAGGACGGCGGAGACAUGGUGGUUUCCGGUGGCCGGAGCUCGAUUUCUGGUGCUAGAACUUCGAGUGUUAAUGGAGGACUCGUCUGUGAUUCCGCUAGAAGAAGUGGAUUCAGCGAAACAGAGCCAAGAAAAAGUGGUUUUGAGAGUGAUCACAGAGAAUGUGGGAAUUACGAAAGCGAUCAUAAUGGGUUUAGUUUAGCAAACAGGCGUGUUUUCUCUCUAAAAGAGAGCGAUUUUAAUGGAACGGACGAAUCUGGGUUCAUAGAUUUCAAGCUGGAUUUCACCUCAGAAACAAAGCCAGAGUACUCUGUUCCCAAAACAGGCAUCGGAGCCGGAGGAGGAUUGGGUUUGGGCCCUCUCUCAAACCCCAACUCUUCAUUUAGAAGCACGAGAGCUUUUGACACGGCGGCGGCGCAUGAAUGCAGCAGAGGGCUGUCCAAUGGCGGCGGAGGCUCCUGCAGGAUAACUGUGAGUGACAGAGGGAUAAAGAAGGGGAGGAAAAGCUUGAAAGCAUUGAAAUGGCUGUUCAAGCAUUCACCAAACUGGGCAAACGCAACACCGAGGAAGGAGGAAGAUUUGAUAUCUCAAGCUUGAAUUCAGUAAGAACAAAUGAAAGUUUCUUUCUUUGUUAUCUUUUUCUGUGUUUCUGCCAUCUUUACGAAUAUAGUUGGUAAUUGUUCUAAAGUUCUUAAGCCA